UUUAACGGGUGCGAAAGAUCGUGGUGACUUCGAGGAAACGGCACGACGGCAAAGUGGCACGACCAACGCAAAGCAAACUAAAGCAACGGUAGCCUGCUAGCUAGUUUCGUCUCACAAUUCCAAAGAGCUUCACAACUCAACUCCCACAGCUGAAACCCAACCAGCAACCCAACAAGAACAAGUUUCUAUCUACAGUGCCAGAACUGCUCAGCAUUUAUUCACUCACUCCUAUAUACAUUUGCUCGCUCACAAAACCAAAACGGAAGCUACUUUUUCCAAGCAACCAUGAGAUGCACACAUCAUCACGUACUUAGUGCUAUGCUGGUGGCCUUGCCAUUCAUGGCAACGACGCUGGCCUUGAGAGGAUCACUAGCACAGAGUCAUACCACUACUGGUACUGGCAGCCGCAGUCUGCUGCAGUCCGACAACAACUACAGCGUCAAACAAACACCAGAGGCUUCGUGUCAAGCAACCUUUGACAAUGGUGGCUUGGCAGCCUUGAUUAAUGAACCUUUCCUCUACAUCUCUCCGUCCUUCUUGGAAAAGUGCAUGGAAACACUUCCCCUGGAUGUGAACAACACCAUUGAUCACAUUUACAACCUUGACGGGAUCUUUUCACAGUUCCACUGCUUCUAUAAUCUGGCUAAAGAUCCAAAGAACAGCACGCCCAUGUCGUACCAGCCGGAGCUCGGCUACACCAUUUAUGAAGGAGAGGGCCAGGGCCAAGUUGAUAUUGCCAAGCGAAUGAGUGACCUGAUCCUUGACAUUCAAACCAACAAGGCUGCCAACAUUACUACCUUUUGGACCAUGAACGCCAUCUUUCAAGAUUUGAGGGAUGGGCAUGUAUCAGUCCCUCCUGUUUCUGGCGAAGCCUUUGUGACUUGGUUCCUCAGAGUCUUUCCAACACGAAACUUGAACGGCACCAUCUUGUCCAAGCCAGAGUUCUCUCUCAAGGAAAACGGUGAAAUGGCACUCAAGAUCAUCUGGAUGGACACUGCCACGGAAACUGAAACAGAAUCCGUCGUGGCAACAAUCAACGGAACCACCGUAGCUGACUUUGUCAAGACCCUUGCCAAUUCUCGCUCCGUACAAUUCAACUGGCAAAAUCUCGGGGCCCGCGUCAACAGCCUUGUCAAGUCUGCGAGCAAUGCAGGGUUUCAGCACUACCUCUUUCCGCUCAUGUUCAAUACACGACCCACCGAAGCACUGUCGGAUACCUUUGAGGUCACAUAUACGGAUGGCACAGAAGAAACCUUCCGGACGGGUGUCUUCAGCCCCGGAAUGGCUUCCUUGAUGGGAGUGAACGAGGAAAACUCGGAUGUAUACGAGCUGAAGAACCGAUCCUUGGUGGAGAAUGUUAUCAAUAGUCCAGGUCAAGCGUACCAAUACUACUCUCAGGCAAGAGGGCAAAUUGUGGAUUCCAUUAAUCGGGCCAUUGACCCAGCCUCGGACGCAGUGGAGAUAUCCAAAAAGUCGUCAAUGGAUGGCGCUCCAACUCUCAAAUCCGUGAAAUCGGGCACUUCGCUGGUCAAGGCAAAAAGUGUCGCGGACAAUGACAAAAAUUCGAUUGACUUUGACCACACUUGGUACAACAACCGCACCGAAAUUGUGGAUGGUGCCCCGCAAACAAUUCAGGAACACAUGGCUGGGUACAAGAUUGAGAAGGAUUAUGCCAUCCUCAAGAUUGGGACCUGGUUGAUGGAUCCAAUGGUUUUUCGGGCGGAAGUCUGGUCCAACUUGACUGCAGCCGCCAAAGAGAAUGGGAUCACCAAGUUGAUGAUUGACAUUAGUGGCAACGGUGGAGGAUAUGGUGUCAAUGCUGCGAGCUUGGCAGUGUCCAUGUUCCCCAAUGUAGAGUACAGCUGGUUUGUCAACAACUUGGAUCAGACGCUCAAUGAACCCAUGCAAGACUAUGUGACGGUGGUUAUGCCCCUGAUCAAUCAAUUUGAGAACAUGACAGAAUCCUGGAGUGACGAGCAAGUAUCCAAGGUUAUCAAUGACCUCUCCGAAGACCAACUGACAUCCUUGGCCACCACAGCCAAAUCGCUCGAGAACUUUUGUGAACUCAACAACGAUGCCUUCUGUGUUGGACAGUACUGCGAGUUCUCUUGCCGACAACUCGAGCAACUUGCCAGAGAAGUGCAGAACUUUCUGAAAUACCCAACCCCUCCGGCGUUCAUGGACGUUUGGAACUCUGUUUUCACCGUGGCUCGUGAGCUCUCGGCUUGGACCACGACACUUGCGGGUACCAUUCGACAAUAUUACGGUCUCGACUCCACACCAGAGCCGGUGGUUCGCGGGGGCGUCGCGUACAACGUCACUCAGAGAUCUUCCUUGCUCACGUACAAUGAUUACAAUGAGGCGGCCCUCAAGGCUCUCCAGGCGCAACAUAGUUUCGAUGAAUAUAUCAUCGUGUCGGAUGGCAACGCCGCGUCAGCGUCCAGCAUUUUCGCCUCGUCGGUGGAACAGAUUUGGAAGAACCGCGAGCAAAGCGGGGCAACAUCCAGCGUGGUGACAGUCGGCUAUGGAGGAACGGGAGACCAAUCCGACAUGGCGAUUGCUUCCAUUCCAGCAGCCGUGGAGAACAUUCGUCUGGACAAUGCCUUUUACACAACGUUCUCCCUCUCCAUGAUCCCCAUGCUGCUACCGGUGGUCUCGGACGACACGUUCGUAGACCUCGUCGGUGUGAUUGAUUCUUUGGAUCGUCGGACGUAUCGCCCUUCUUACUUUGCACAGACCUUGCCUCGGCUGAGUGUUCAAAAUUACUAUGAUAAUUUUAUGGACCCCGGCGCUCUUCCCCUCCAGUACAUCAAGAUGCAACCGGACAAGUACAUCCCACAGUUCUUGACACAAACCAGCUUUGGCAGGAAUCGGGAUCUCUUGUCUCUCUACCGGACGACAUACCAGUUCUUCUCCAAUGGAAUUGGUAUCCUUGAUGGUGGUGAUACUCCCAUUGUCGCGGUUGAAAAGAAGGUCGUGACAAAGUCAGCCAAAGAGGACCCCCACCACAAGGGAAGUCGGCAGUUGAAGAAAGCGUUGAGGCUCCAGAAUCCAACCCAAAUUCGUCGGGAAGCGCGAGUAUGAGCUUGGCCACCGGUGUCUCCAUCCUGAUCGCAACAGUGGCACUUGUACUUUGCUAGCCAAUAUUACUAGUAAUCCUUCAAACCAAAAAGUAGAAUUCAAGGACUCCAAC